UUCAGAGAAAAACACAAAUAGCAGCAAGUUGAAGUGUUCUCUACCAAACAAAUUAUAUCCUCAAAAUAUUAUUGUUUCUAACAAAUUAAUAUUGAGUUGACAUCCAGAAAGUGAAAAGUCAACAAGUCGUCCGGCGGAGCAAGAAGAAAAACGAAACAAAUUACCCACACUCUUAAUAUUGAGUUGGAGCAUUUAGUUGCGGUUUCCAGGGGAGCAUACAUUGAAUGGCGUAUUCUUCGUCAACUUCAUCUGUUCACAAGAAGAGUUAUUUAUAUGAUGUAUUUUUAAGCUUCAGUGGUGAAGACACACGUAGGACAUUUGUUGAUCAUCUAUAUUACGCGCUUCACCAACAAGGCAUUCGUACUUUUAAGGAUGAUCAGAGACUCGAGAAAGGAAAAAGGAUCAAUGACGAAUUAUUACAAUCCAUUGAAGACUCAAGAUUGUAUAUCAUAGUUUUUUCUAAGAACUACGCAUCUUCAUCCUGGUGCUUAAACGAGCUUUUGAAGAUAAUGGAGUGCCAAAAGAAGAAAGAGCAAAUUGCUUACCCUGUUUUUUAUGAUGUCGAACCAAUGGAAAUCCGCAAACAAAGUGGAUCAGUUGGAGAAGCACUUUCCAAACAUAAAAAUGGAUCAGAGGUUCAGAUAUGGAGAGAGGCUCUAACAAAGGCAGCCAAUUUGUCUGGUUGGGAUUUGAGAAAUAUUGCUGAUGGACAUGAAGCUCAAGUGAUCAGAUUGAUUGUUGAAGAGGUUUCACAUGAUUUAUGUUCGUUUACUUAUGUGAAUACCGAUGAAAAAUUAGUAGGCAUAAAACAAAGGAUGCAGGAUCUCGAGUUGUUCCUGAAUACCGGUUUGGAUGAUGUUCGCAUGAUAGGAAUCAAGGGGAUGGGAGGUGCUGGUAAGACAACUUUGGCUAGGGCUAUUUUUGAUAAGUUAUCUAUUCAGUUUGAAGCUAGAACCUUUGUUGAGAAUGUCAGGGAAGUCUCAAAGGCCUCCUUGUCAGGCUUAAACUCAAUGCAAAAACAAAUUCUCAUUGAUGUAUUGAAGGAUCAAUGGAUAACCGUAAGUAGUGUUCAUGAUGGAAUAAAUAUGAUGAAAAUGAGGUUGAGUGGUAAAAAGGUUCUUGUUGUUCUAGAUGAUGUUGAUCAACUAAGCCAACUUGAGGCAUUAGCCGGUGAUAGUAGUUGGUUUAAACCAGGAAGUAGAAUUAUAAUUACGACAAGAGAUGAGCAAGUGUUAUUGUCACAUCGGGUAAGCUUGAUUCAUCAUGUUGAUCUUCUAUCAGACGAGGAAGCGAUGCACCUCUUCUGUAGGUACGCAUUUGGGAAAGAUGUUCCAGUUAGAGAGUAUGAAAAGGAAUCUCUUGAAGUUGUACGUUAUGCUGCUGGUCUUCCUUUAACAGUCAAAGUUUUGGGUUCGUCAUUAUGUGGUAAAGACAAGCCUGAAUGGAUUGAUACACUAGCAAGACUCAAAACAAUUCCAUUGGAGGAAACUAUUAGAAAACUCGGAUUAAGCUAUGAAAGCUUGGAGGAUGAACACAAGAAAAUAUUCCUCGAUGUUGCAUGCUUACUAAAAAAUUGGAAAAUGGAGGAUGCAAUACGAAUGCUUGAUGGUUGUGGAUUUCAUGCUCGAAAUGGUUUAAGAGUUCUUCAGAGGAAAUCUCUCAUUACUAUUGAAGAGGUAUCUGCAACUCCAUUUGAUUUCUAUUUGUCUGAUGAAAGUCAGCGUUCUGAACAAAUAUGCAUCCAUGACCAUAUAGAAGAAAUGGGCAAGAAUAUUGUACGCAGUCUACAUCCGGAUGACCCGAGCAGACAUAGCAGAUUGUGGGUACAGGAGGAGAUCGAACAUGUCUUUGCUUGUCACAUUGGUGCUGAAGAGACAAGAUGUAUUCGUAUAGAACUCACACCCGAUAUUGAUUUGGCAGGUCUUAUACACAUGAAGAAACUUAGAUGCCUUAUUGUGAAUUAUGAUUCUGUAGCUAGUAAUUAUUUUGAGUUUGUUAGGAAUGGUCAUUCCGUUGGGGAUGGUCAUAAAGUUUGUGAAUACCUCCCGAAUGCGCUACGAUAUUUGUAUUGGAGGUGUUAUCCUAAUAGGUGUUUGCCCAAAAUAUCUGGAACAAAUAAUCUUGUCACAGUUGAGAUUUAUAACAGCAGAAUUGAACAACUUUGGGAAGGGGGAAUGGAUAUGAAGAAACUCAAAUACCUUGUACUGCAUAAUACACAUCAUCUGAAGACCUGUGACCUUGGGGUGUUUCCGAAUCUUGAGAGGUUAUAUCUUAAAGGAUGUAAGAAGUUGGUGGAACUUCGUAUUCCCACAGCUGGAUGCCUAAAAAGGCUUGUCUACUUAACUAUAUAUAGCUGUAAAAGAAUAAGAUCUCUUUCAUUUGUCAAGCAUUUAGAGUCACUUGAGUUUCUUAGACUAUCAAGAUUGAAUCCUAAGGAGUUCCCAGAUAUAAUCCCAACAGACGCCAACAGUAGUUUGCAACACCUUUAUAUCCGCAAAAGUGAUAUAGUUGAACUACCGUCCUCAAUUAAAAAACUUUGUAAGCUUGUUUAUCUAAAUCUCGAACAUUGCAAAAAUCUCAAGAGUCUUCCAAUAAGCUUUUGUAGCUUACAACAUUUGAAAGUUCUUAGGCUUGUCUUUUGUGGCAUAGAGGAAUUGCCUGAGGACUUUGGCCAGUUGGAAUAUUUAGAGGAAUUAUAUUUAGCAUUUUGUACAAGUCUCAAACAUCUCCCUGAUAGCAUUUGUAAGUUGAAACAUCUGAAAACUCUCGCCCUUCAUGUUUGUUCUGCCCUUGAAAGGUUACCUGAAGAUCUUGACAAGUUAGAAUCUUUGGAGGUAUUAAAUUUUUUGCGGACGUAUAGGAUAAGAGAUAUUCCUGGUAGUAUUUGUAAGUUGAAACAUCUGAAAACUCUUGCACUUCGUUUUUGUUCUGCUCUUGAGAAGUUACCCGAUGAUCUUGACAAGUUAGAAUCUUUGGAGUUAUUAGAUCUUACACAAUGCCAUAGGAUAAGAGAUAUUCCUCGUAGCAUUUGUAAGUUAAAACAUCUGAAAAUUCUUGCUCUUCAUCAUUGUUCUGCUCUUCAAAAGUUACCCAAGGGUAUUGGCAAGUUAGAAUCUUUGGAGGUAUUGGAUCUUUCAUGGUGCGAGAGCAUUGAAGAUAUUCCGAGCAGCAUUUGUAAGUUGAAACGUCUCAAAAAGUUGGAUUUAAUGUUCUGUAUGAAGCUUAGGAAAUUGCCUGGGGAAGUAGGAGAUUUAGAAAAUUUACGAGAAUUGAAUAUUGAAUGUACAAGCAUAAGCCAACUUCCGCGGAGCAUCUCAUUGUUAAAAGGUUUAAAAUUAAAACUGUAGCAGUGGAAAAGUAAAAAAAAAAAAAAAAAAAAAAAAAAAAAAAAGAAGAAGAAGAAAGGUACGUUCUUUCAUUAUUUGUCGUCUUAUUAAUGUUCAUUGGCAUAAUAGUAAUUGGUUUAGACCAUCAACCAAGAGGUUGUAGGUGAUUUAACAUAUACUGUAUUACAGUUCAUUGGUUCUAAAAGACUAGAUCAUUAUCUUGAAAAUAUAGUUUUUUACACAUAUGACAUAUGCAUCAAUUGUUUAUAAGAACAUGUUCUUAGAUGUUGUAGGCUUUUUAAACAUAAACUUAUGAAUCAACUUGGUGGCUAUAUAUAUAAUUCAUGUAAUCAACAUUGAUAUAGUGAUCUUGAUACGUGGGAGAUAGGUGAAGAUGAUAUAAGGGUUUAGAAAGGUGAAAACAUUAGAUAUGACUUGGAUAAAGUUGCCACCACCAAGCCUAACAAUCUGAUUGAAUCUAGGAUAAAGAAUUUAAACACCACCAAGAUUAAUCAAAUUGGCGAAAGAAGAUGUUGUUAGUGAUAAAGCAGCAGCACCACACUAGAACAAUCAACUAUCUACUCCUUUAUUGAGUAUGAACACUCUAGAAUAGCCACAAAAGCUGAUGUCUAUUUCAAAACUGAAGAUGAUCUUCUAAUACAACUUAGGAGCCUAUUUAUAGGGUGGAAUAACUAACCAAAGCAAACAUUUAUUUCUUGCUUUGGAAAAGACAAUAAAACUUUGAAAAACAGAUUAGUAGUUGAAGCAUUAAAAGUUACAGUAAACUAGGUGACUAAUAAAUAAAAAACCAGCUCACCAUGUUGAAAAUGCAGAUCUCAAAAAGGAAUGAUGACUGAUGUGUUCUUUAUGGGCUCACGGGUUUGACUCAGGGCUGGGACUAGUGGGCUGCCAUGAUAGUGCAUUCCCCAAAGAGUUUUGAACCCUAAGAAAUCUUGUGUUCCAUAAUCUAGCCUGAGGGGAGAAUUAUACACAAAAUGGGUUUGUUUAGUGCAAAUCAGAUUGACUGGGUUAGUGAGCCUUGAUGCACCCGCAUCAGAUUUUGAUUUAUAAAGCGAAGUUCCGUCAUAAUGGAUUGUUGAAUACUGUACUUCGUUUUUAUCAAUUUUCGUUCUAGAUUACCAAAAGAUGAGCCGAACAAACAUAGCCAACUGUGGAUUUAAAAAUGAAAUAGCGUGUGUACUGGAUAAUGACUUGGGUACUGAUGCUAUAAGAGCUUUUUUCAUGUUGGUAGGGGCUUCAGAUUUGACCUGGUUUAUAAAAUGAAGAUUGAUCAAGUUAGUAAAAACUUACCAGACGGGUUAAGAUAUCUUACAUGGGAUUAUUACCCUCGAAAGUCUUUACAGAAGACAUUUUAAGGAAGGAAUCUUGUUACGCUUGAAAUGCAUUCAAGUGGAAUCAUUGAGCUUUGGGCAGGGGGAGAUAGAAAGGUUUUUAACAAUCUCAGAUAUCUAAACCUCAGGGGUUCAGUUUUGCAGAUUCUUGGCCCGGGGAUGACUACAAAUCUCUUGAAGUUAGAUCUUGAAGGAUCAUUUCAUUUGUUGGAACUUUGAUAAAUCACCCAUUGGUUGUCUAAAAGAAUUUGUCUACUUAAACUUAAUUCCUUCUCAUCUAUAUAUCAAACAGUUGGAGUC